UCUGAUAAUGCAGAGGAGGAGGGAGGCAACACCGCUGCUGAGAGGUCAACGGGUACAAGUUGCUUUCUUCAGGCAGCCACAAUGUUGUCCAAGAAGGAGAAAACGUUAAUUAAAGAAAUGUUGGAAAGACUGACUCCUGUGGCUGCAGAGAUUGGGGCAGAUGCGCUCCUUAGGAUGUUUGCUGCUUAUCCAGGCACCAAGACAUACUUUUCCCAUCUAGACAUCAGUCCCAACUCUUCCCAUCUGCUCGCUCACGGGAAGAAGAUAGUCCUGGCUAUAGUGGAGGGAGCCCAAGACAUCAGCCAGCUAACUGUCACCCUGGCUCCCCUGCAGACUCUGCAUGCCUACCAGCUCCGGAUAGACCCAACCAACUUCAAGCUGCUGUCACACAGUAUGCUCGUCACCCUUGCCUGUCACUUGGGCGAUGAAUUCACACCUGUUGCACAUGCCGCAAUGGACAAGUACCUGUCAGCAUUUGCAGCUGUGCUCGCCGAGAAAUACAGAUAAGACUUGACCACAGGGUUUCCAGGAAGCGUAAGAGGAAUUUAGGAUGCCUUGUAAUAUAAUUUUUUUUUUUCUUUGUAUGUAUGUGUCACUGUUGUUAUGUUGUUUAAUUUUGUAAUGGUCAAAAAUGUGCAAUUAAAGUGUUACUUUUUGUGUUGUUGUUUUUCCAAAUUAAACCUGGU